AUAUGGAGGAAAAAGCUGAGAAACAUCUUAUUUAAGUCUGUGAUGCUAAAGACAAAAUAAAAGAAACAUCAGAGGACGAAUAUAUUCUAAAGAUAAAUGAAAAUCGAAGAGCAUAUGUCAUAAGGGUCAGGAGUGUUUGUGUAAUUUCUCUCACAGCCAGCAGGGGGAGACAAACAGCAGUGGCUCUUCCACUGGAAGUUGUCUUUGCAAAACUGUGCAGGAUCUAAAAUAUAUCAGCUAAUGAGGUCAGCAGUAAAUUUAAUCAGUGAAACCUUUCAGUAGCUGUAGAAAGGAAGACAAUCCAGUCAAGCAGUUUCAGUAAAACCUUGUUGUAAUGAUGGAUCAGAUGGAUGAUAAUGAUUCAGAUCAGUUCAGGUAUUUAUUUAACAAGCUAGGGCCACUACACCAGAUUUCCAGUUCAGGUUAGAGAUGAAAUGAUAGCAAGAGUGUGAAAGUUUCUCAUGACGUAAAUGACAUCUCGUUUAUUCUCCUCCAAACAUUCAUCUACAUCUUCAGAAAACAUCACAAGUCUCAGAGCUGUAGAAGCCUCUAAGACUAGACUCCUACACUGACUCCACAUAUUGCUCUUCUUUACAAAAAUAGACAGAGUUUGAUCAGCAGAUCAUUACAAUGCAAACAUUGCACACCAACAUGAUUAUAAAAACUAUUUGUCACUUGUGUGAUUUGAAAAUAAUACGUUUUCACUCUGAAAUCACAGUCUGCUCCGGUUAAAUUCCUUCAUUUGUCCUCUUCUAGCUUUAUCUGAUGAUACAACAUCAAGGUUAAAACCACAACACAAUGACAAUUUGAAUAUUUUUCAAGAAAUUCAAAGCAGCAGUAACAAAAAAUCCAAUGAUUUAACAGCAGUACAAGCAAAUUAUAGUAUACUUUCUAACAUUUGAGAUGUCUGAAGAUUGAAAAAUGAGAACUACGCUGUGAAAUGCACACUGUUUCAUUUAAAAACAGUCUUAUAGUACAUUUUAUUUGCUUUGUUUAGCGGCAUCAUAUUCUUUUUUUGCACAACUGAACAAUUUAAUGUGUUUGGAAAAACACUUGAUUCAAACACAGAGUCUGAUCUUCAUUUUUCCAGGCACUGACUUUAAUUUGAUCUGAAUUAAAAUCACACUGGUCUGCUGGUAAUAUAAACAAUCAUGUUCUAAUCAUGAUGUUGCAUUAUUAUGAAGUAAAUCUAAAAGGUCACAUUUGCCAGGUUAGAAACUGAGAAAGUGAUUGCAGUAUCAGGCAUUUUAUCUUAUUGAUUGAAAUAAUGGAAGAAAGAAUGAAAUGUAUUCAUUUAUUUGUGAGUUUAAACUGUACAAACAUCAUUUUGAUUCAGCUGCUGUUUGUUUGUGGAUCAGCCGCAGUAAUCUACAUAAUCUGCUCUGCUGGUAAGAACGACACGAACAAAUUUUCUGAUUUACUCCCAAAUGUUUGGAGAGCUUUAAAUAAUUUAGUACAUCAGAAUCAUUUGUUUGUGCUCAGUGUAGAUAUUUUAACUUCAUUUGGCUGCAGGUUAUCAAGGUCAAAAACACAAAACAAUGACUAAUUAAAUAUUUUCCACUUCAGUAGCCAGUUGUGAAUCUGCACAAAAUCCGAUUUGGAAAAUUCAAAAAUCUGUUUUAACAGCAGUUGGAGAAAAUUAUAUUACUGUCUACACUUGAGAUCUCUUUAUUAACUGAUGUGGAAACUGGGAAACAUUACAGAAAACCCAGAAACACAUUCCCCAAAUAAAACUGGAUCAGUUCCAUUUAAAAAACACAACCAGUCGGGUGCUACUGUACUUUUUAAUCAUAUUGUUUCGCAGCUCAGUAUUUCUUACAGGUGACAGAUUGCAAACAUUUCAUUUGGCCAAGCUGCAGCACUUCAUUUUGGAGCACAAACCGACUCAUUCUGCCAGAGCAAACAGGCUAAAUUAAAUCUAGUGUGGAGUCACUUCUGGCUUCAGUUUUCUCCUGCGAGUGCACACAGUCACACCUGCACACAGACACACAACACAGCAGGUAAGAGACUGCCGGAGCCGGCCCCAGUGUUGGCCUAUUUGCAUUUUAAAUGCUUUCAGCCGGCCCACUACUGUGUUCACAGUGCAGUGCAGCACAGCUAAUCUACACACCUAAGAUGUGUGACUGGCUACAGCCAAGAGUCUGCGGGGGUGGAGGAGAUGGUGAAGACGCAAACAUUGACAAGAAAGGGGGGAUGAAAGAAGACGAGAAGGUGUACCUGGUUACUUUAGAGGCCCUCUGUGCUUUAAGAAGAAGCAGAUAUGCUAAUCGGAUUCUGGAUAUUCUUGAUUUUAUAUUUAGAAAACAGGACGCAAAACAUGAAACUAGCAUCUUUUUAAGCAAUUUGCUCAAAAGGCAGCCAAGUGAAUAGGAGAUGAAGGUAAAGAGGGAUGUAAGAGAGACAUGAAAAGGAUUUAAAAUCAAAGGACAUAACAUUUCUGUCACACUCAGAGCUUAAGAUGUGGAGUUAGUGUUGCACAUUUUAUAUGUUUCUACAAGACUGAGAGUCAGCAGUGAGGGACUUCUCUAAAUUUCGUGCAAUGAAGUUAUUUUCAACCACAGAUUUUUUAAAAAACUGAUCCACUAAAAAGCAACUUUUAAGUGAGUAGGUGUGCAGAUGCAGGUCACUAGUUUGGUAAAUUUGAGGCACCUUCUUUGGGGAUUUCAAAGAUUUCUACAGAAACACGACAAACAAAACACUACAAGACAAGAAAGAACUGAUCAUCCACACUCCUGCCGAGUGGCUACAAGCAUCCUCUCCCUCUGCAGCGUCAGAUAUACAAACCAAAGUGGUGAAAAUGUGCCUCCCCCUUUGUCAACCCCCCACACUCACACGAACAACUGAUAAGCUUUGAGGGUCGAAGCCUUGAACCUCAGUGAACUCAGGCACCAGCUCGUCUGCCGAGGCCUUGCAGUGGAUGCACCGGCGGGGGCCAAAUGCUCCCAUCCCCUGGUGUGUGAAUGCAAGGGUGUGUGUAGGGGUCUAUACUGUAGCAGCAGAGGGGGGUUGGGGGACAGUUGCUGGGAUUGUUGUGCGUGUUUGGAACAAAAGGCCUUGAUUACUGAAAUCCUGCAAAAGGCAGGAGAGGAGGUGUUAAAAGUGAUACAGUGGAGAAACAGGCCGAGCUGGAGCUCAGCGGCCUUCCUCUGCUCUCAUAAAGUUUGUGUCCACACCCUGUCUGCACAUCUAAUCCACAAACCUCCUCCUACUGAGCACAAACUAAAGGAUAAAUACAAAAUCACAUCACAGUCAGUACAAGAGGAAGAGCAAGUUCAAGUUUUUUUUUUAAUGACAGAUUUGUGCACUAAAGAGGGAUUUUAUGACAUUUAAUCAGAAGUAAGAGCCACCCCUGUAUUUUUAUGCAGCAUAAAUUUGAAAAAAGUUCAUUCAUGAGGCACGGAUAAGCAGUGAUGGCACUCUAAUGCCAAAAGUACUUGACAUAUAACCUUGAACUGUUGACAUCUGGAGUUGGCUUUGACAAAGAAAAGCAAAAACGUGUUGAUAAAACCUAAAAGCAUCGAUACCUGCUCACCUCCAGGUCUGUGUUCUUCUCAGGGACCCUCCUCCACUGACACAUUGGCUUUUGUUUAACACUUCACAUUGAAAUUGACCCUGGCUCGAUGUGAGAAGGAGCAGGAGGGAGGAGGUGUUUCACAGAGCAGACACAAAAAAGAAAAAGAAGCGGAUCAACGAUUGACAAUUUCCUGAUGGGAGGUGCUGCUUAUCAGACCCCCAAAAAUCUCCAGUGCGCACCGGCAGACCAAGACUACAGCAGCAGCAGCAGCACGCACGCAAUGGACUGAAACUCCCAGACUGGGAUCAAUAAUCAGCUGUUAAAGUCGCCUACGUGACUCCUUGCGAGGCUCAUUUCUGUCCCUGGACGCUCAGCUCUGUUCAAAGAUGAUUCAGAGGAACGAGGUGGUGCUGUCAGUCCUUGGAGAGCUCCAGGAGGCCACCGAGAGUGCCGGCCUGGACGCUGUGACCAGAGUGGCCCUGGAGGUGGACCAGGUUCUCAUCCCCUUCCAGCUCCCCAAGACAACCUGUCAGGAUUUCCCAGAGUGGGCCGGUGUGGACGACGCAGCUCACGGUUUGUACCCAGCCGAUGCGCCUGGUGGCCUCCUGCCGCUGAACUGCAAUGGAGAAGGCAACUUGUUGUUUGAUGCCGUCAGCAUGCUGCUAGUGGGUAACACUGGACUCAGCUUGGAGCUACAGGUGCGGACCGUAGUGGAAAUGGUGCUGUGGAAGAGAUACUACUUGUCUGGGAUGAUUGACUCUAAAAUGAUGCUCCAAGCUGUUCGUUUUAGUCUCUGUGCAGAAGAAUCAGAAGACAUGCUGAACCUGCCUGUACCCAUCCUGGAGGCCAUCUUUGAUGCAGAUGUUAAAGCCUCUUGCUUCCCCGGCUCCUACGCCAACAUGUGGCACCUUUAUGCCUUAUCCUCAGUGCUCCAGUUCAACAUCUACUCCAUCUACCCCAUGUUCAACCUCAAGAUCAGGCCAUACUUCAACCGAGUCAUACGCCCGAGGACCUGGCCUACAGACUCAGACCCGCAGACCAUCCACAUCAUGUGGUCUGGUGAGCUGCAGUCCGAGACCUUGUUCAGGCCGAAUCACUUUGUCGCACUCGUCCAGACAAGUGACCUGACCUUUGGAAGCCCUGAAAGCGAGCGGAGAGCAUCGCCAGUGAAGAGGGAGGAGCUGCUGAGCCAGGACUCACAGCUUUCUUACCCAAGUCUGAAGGACAAGUACAACAUCACCAAGAGGACCUUCUACCGCUGGAAGAGGCAGACGCAGGAGCACUGCAAAAAAUCAGCGGCCAGGUAUGAGGCGAAGUAUUUCCUGCAGGCAUGCUAUCUGGAAGGCAAGCUCAUCCCUCUGCACCAGUUUAAGGAGUUUUUCCCAGAGAUCUCGAGGUCGUCUUACUAUAACUGGAAGCACGAGCUGCUGAAGACUGGAGGAAACUUCUCCACCUCAUCCUCCACUGGAGAGAUCAGUCCUGGAGAGAGCACCGAGCAGGAGGUCUGGUCUUCACCCGAAGCUAAGCAGGACGAAUCGGACCACCAUGACAGCGUGGCCAGCAUGUUCGGCCUCGAUCUCGGCAAAAUAGACGUGGAGCGUGCUCAAAACGUCACACAUAUGCAGGAGGCGAAGCGCUGCCUGCAGAACUGCAUUGCCAUGAAUACGUCCUUCCCCUUCCGCAUCUUCAAGAGAAAUUUUCCAGGAAUCUCGAGAUCAACCUACUACAACUGGAGGAGAGAGGCCAUGCUGUUAAACAGAAGCUACAAAGGCAGCGUGGGCAGCAGCUCAGACAGCUCAGAUGCCGACAAGAGCCAAAGCCCGAAGAGUCUGUCGCCGGUGCUGCCCAACGCGAGCCAGCCGAGAGUGAAGAUCUGCAGGAGAAAACACAAAAGCUUCAGGCUGGCGUACAUGAGUAAAAAACAGCUCAGAGAGGUUGCCAAGUUGCACGUCCAGAAGUCCAAAUGGUCCCUCACCAAGUUCAAGCUCAAGUUCCCGUCCAUGUCGCCUUGUUUCUACUGGCUGUGGCGCAGCAGCCAGAACCGCAAGAAGAAGGCGGUCACCCAGAGAGCAGAAAUCAAAGAACCUGAGAGUCUGGAAAUCCAAGCUGCAGGAAGCAACGUUGAGGAAAUGAGGAUGGAAAGUCAGGGUGCGAUCCCAUUUGCCAAGAGCCCAAAAUACCAGAAAAUUUCUGCCGUUUCCUCUUUAGCUGCCCCACAUUCAAAGCACACCCUCCACAGAAAGGCACCCAUAGUUGAGCAGAUCUUCACGAUGGAUGUGGUGGCUCUGGCCAACUUCAAGGCCAAGGCCAAGCUCUUCCUGCAGCAACGCUUCGAGGAGAAAUCCUUCCCCACGUUUAAAGAAUUCCGGUCCUACUUCCCGUUCACUCCACGCUCCACGUACUACAUGUGGAAGAGAGCUCUGCACCACGGAGUGUCGCUGGUUCAUGGGUAAAUAAGAAAAUGUGCAACAUGGAAGCUAUGCUCAUGAACUUCUCAGUCCUUCUUGCUUUUUGUUGAAGAAAACUACCUACACGUUGUUGAUUUGUGUUCUUGUGUUCUAAAAGACUGUAAAGUACGUCAGCAUAGCAUCUAAAUGCAUUUUGUUCUUCCUAAACCCCCCCACCACCACAGAUCAUUCCUCCCUCCUGGACAUUUGCACGUGUGUGAAAAGAAACUGAGCCGUGGGUCUGUUAAAACCCUGCAUGUUUCCCUGCAGGCAAAAGACAGUUCAAAGCUGUUGUUUGGUGGCAUUUUGUUUGAAGCGUUUCACCUCAGUUCUCUUUUAAUCCCCACUUGUGGACUUCUUUCGGCUUCUUCUUUUUUUUCUUCAAUUUUUAUUUGUUUUUGAUUGUUCAUGCUUGAACUUAUGCUUUUUGUUUCUUUGAAUAUUGAUCUGGGAGAUUUGUAGUGUGCCGAUGUUUCUCUUUCUUUUUUUUUUUUUUUUUUUUAAAUAUAAAGAGCAGCCAGUAUUAAUUUUCUGAGAUGGUUUCUCCUCUUUGCUCCACUGUAAACAGUCCCAUUUCCAGUCCCAUUUCAUGUUUCUCAGGGAUUUGUUUGUGCUCUGAUGUUUUAGGCGGUUUUAGGUGUUUUAACAUACCUCAUCAUUCUGGAAAUCAGCAAUAUAAACUUGUAGAUUUGCCAUACUGUAUUUGCACUAUUACUAUUACACUGUUGAAUGUAUUAUCUUAACCUUUAUGCACACAAUGGUUAAGCUGCUACCUAACCAGAGUAAAACACCUCUAGCAGAAUCUAGGUGAAGGUAUUUUGUUUUUGUGCACUCCUUCAUUUCAAAACUACCUAUUUCCCUGAAAUAUUGGGAAAAUGUGCCUUUAUAAGCGACUUUUGUUUACAGAUCGAUGUGUUUUGCAGAACUACCUCUGUAACACCCCUGAAUAACAGAUUUCACUACACAUUUGUUCUCUUUGUAUUUAUUUUAUUUUUUUUGUAUUCAUUACAUUCUGAAAUGGAUGCUGUUCCCACCGGCAGUUUGCGUCAUAUUGAGUCGGUAACUGAGUUAAGCUGUAUUCUUCGGUUGUUUAUCAAUAAAUGAUCAACCA